AUGCCGUCCAUGGUCCCGUCACGAAGUGAGUCUUCAUACGUACUCAACCAGAUAAUUAUAUCCCCUUCGGAUACCGAUUAUCUAGAUCAAUUGAUCCCUUCAAUCAAAGAGUAUAGCGUCGGCAAUAAGACAUCUGAGUUAUUACGCUCCCUCUCUAAAUUUUCUAGCGAUAAAGAAGCGGAAAUUGAGACCAUAUGCAAUACAAACCAUCAGGAAUUUGUCUCUUCCGUCAACCAGCUUCUCCACAUUAGGGAAGGUACUGUCAGUUUAACGGCUGAGAUAUUGGAUCUCAACCAAUCAAUCCAGGCAAGUACGGAAAAAUUAGCCGAACACAAGAAGGCAUUGGUAGAAUCACGGCGUCACCGUCAGAACAUCGAUGAGACAUCCCGUGCGAUUCAAGAUUGCCUCGAAGUUCUUCGUCUUGCCAACCAGGUUCAUGAUCUUCUAGCAAAGAAGAAUCAUUAUGCCGCACUUCGCGCUCUAGAGGAGCUUCAGAAUGUUCAUCUAAAGGGUGUCACACAGUUUCAAAUAGCUGAUAUGAUUCAACGUUCCGUUCCGGCGACCCAAAGAGCCAUAGCUGAAGCCGUGAUGUCGGAUUUGAAUACCUGGCUGUACCGGAUACGAGAAAUGUCACAGUACCUCGGGGAGAUAGCCUUGUAUCAUACAGACUUGCGGAAGACAAGGCAAAAGGAGCGUGCCGCGAAAAUGCCAUAUCUUGAGCAUUUUAAGCUGAAUUCAGCAAUUGAGUUGGUCUGCGACGAGCACGAAGAAUAUGAUCUUCUCCAAAAUGAGGAGCUGCAAGUUGAUUUUACUCCGCUUUUUGAAUGUCUACACAUCCACCAGUCUUUAGGUCAGAUGGAAAAGUUCCGGAUCGAAUAUGCGAACACCCGUCGUCGACAAAAAGAACUCCUUAUACCAGCUUCCAUCACAUUAGUAGAUGAUGAUGGGGCUAGCUUGCAUAAUCUCUUAGAGGAAAUGGCAGGCUUCGCAAUUGUUGAGCGCUCUACCAUGAAAAAAGUUCCGGACAUGCGAUAUCCAGUUGAUGUUGAUGAGCUAUGGGACUCAUUGUGCCAGACUGCCGUGGGUCUGAUAUCAAAGGCCCUGCACGAAGUUGACAAUGCUGAGAGUCUUUUGAAAAUAAAGAAUCUCAUCGCAUUGUUCAUGCAGACAAUGAAUACCUGGGACUUUGCCGUGGAAGCUUUCGAUAGCCUACUCUUGACCUUGUUCAGGAAAUACGCCGAGCUGCUUAAAAGACGGUUUAGUGAUGACUUUCAAGAGAUCGUAUCCACGGAUGACUACAUGCCCAUGCCGAUACAAACGCCCGAAGAAUUCGAUAAGGUACUCAAUGUUAGCUGGUAUACCCCUAGCGAGCCACAUGAGCCGGCUUUCCCGUGUGUCCUUCCAUUCUCACAGAUGUACCCAUUGUGCUGCAUCGAUAUACGAAAUUUCCUCAACCAAUUCUACUUCUUUGCCAACGACGAUUUUUCGAAUCCUGAUACCAUUGAUGAGACGUUGAAAAAUGCACUGGACGAACUUCUUUCUACUAAAGUCUGCGACACACUCGUUGAGCGCCUCAGCUCCCAGUAUCUGGGACAAAUCGUGCAGAUACUUAUCAAUUUGGAACACUUCGAACACGCAUGCCAUGAGCUUGAGUUGUUGCUUGCUGCUGCUAGAUCACAGAGCUCGUCUAGCGACCCAAUAGCCUUGAAAGCGACAGGGAAAUUCCGAGAUAACAAAAAGCGGGCAGAGAAACGCAUAUUUGAGGUUGUGAAUUCUAAGAUUGAUGAUCUCAUUGAAACUGCAGAGUACGACUGGAUGACUACUGUGGCCCCUACAGAACCAAGCAACUACAUGCAAACUCUCACCCGUUUUCUCUCUAACAUUAUGAAUUCAACCCUCCUUGGGCUUCCCAAAGAGAUCAAAGAACUGAUUUAUUUCGAUGCACUAAGCCACGCAUCAACUAUGAUUUUAGCCCUUCCAUUAACCCCAGAAGUGAAGCGAAUCAAUCCCAAUGGGGUCAUGGCUCUUGCAAAAGACGUCGAAUAUUUAUAUCAAUUCGUCGAUAGUCUCAACAAUCCGAUCCUUAGAGAAAACUUGGAUGAGCUACAGCAGACAGUGCAACUGAUGCAAGCAGAUAACGCAGACGAGUUUUACGAUAUUUCCAUGAGAAACAAGAAGUACGGACGCGUAGAUGCGAUCAACGGCCCGACUUUGUUGGAGAAACUUACACACACAGUACAAAGCCCGGCCAAGAUGGAUAAAUUCUCGACUCUUUCUUCAAGAUUCGGAAAGAAAUCAUAG